CAGCAAAACGAAGGGAGUGAUCUUGAGCCAUUCAUACAAUCAUUGAAUCAUACAACAUGGAAGCCUCUGUCAUGGCCUCUUUGGCCCUGAAACCAUCUCCAUCUCCAUUCUUGGAUCGAUCGAGGUUCCCAGGCGUCAAGCCAUCAGCAAGAUCUUCAGCCUUCAGAGUAAUGGCGAAGAAAGCAAAGAAGAUCCAAACUUCUCAGCCUUUCGGGCCUGCAGGAGGAUUGAACUUAAAGGAUGGUGUUGAUGCAUCUGGAAGGCCAGCCAAGGGUAAGGGUGUCUACCAGUUCGCCAGCAAAUAUGGAGCAAAUGUUGAUGGGUACAGCCCAAUAUAUAACCCAGAAGAAUGGUCUCCAAGCGGCGACGUUUAUGUUGGAGGUAUGCACAGAAAAGACUAAUCUUUUCAGAAAGACAGGGUUGGUGCUCUGGGCACUCUCUCUUGCUGGAGUUUUGCUGGGUGGUGCUCUUCUUGUCUACAAUACUAGCGCCUUGGCUUCUUGAAGCCUGGCUUCAGAAAAUAUAAACUAUGGACCAUGCAGUGUCGUUUAGUUUAGAUAUUUCUGUAUUCAGCUAUGUCACCCGUAGGAAAUGUGAAUGAAAAAUCCUUAAAUAAGUAAUGUUAUAAAUAAGUAAUGUUA